GGGUGGGGGAGGGGGAAUCUGGUUCCAGAAAACAACGAGCCCGCGACGGCAUCCAGAUGGAGCUCUCUUUCCUGCGGUGGGAUGGAGCAGGGGAGAGUUCAGGAGAGGUCAGGAUCGGAGACAGCAAUUUGGGAGUCCACUGCAGAGAGAUUGCUUUAGUCAGGGAGUGACUAAGAUCGCCAGGGGAGAGCAGAGAAGAAGGCCAAGGACACCGGGGAGAUAUUCGGGGUCUGGGGGAGGGCAUCCCGCGCAGCCAGCAAAAGGCCAGUCUGGGAGACAAGGAGCCAGAGCUGCCGCCCAAGCCGAGCGGCGAUUGGGGCGAACAGGAAAACAGCCUAGGGAAUCGUUCUUCUCCCUAGGGCCGGGCCCAGAGCACCGCGCUGGCCCUGCAGGCAGUCUGGCUCCCACCCUUCUACUUUGCUAGCCUGCUCUAGAUUCGAGGUUAAAUCCCUUCCCUUGGUGCCUUCCCUCUUCAGAAGGGAACUCCCUCCGAUUUAUCCCAGAGAGCUCUGGGACUGGCAGCCCUUUGAGAGAGAGGCUGGGUUUCUGAGCAUCCCAGGGCCUGCCUGGCCCAUACAGGUACUUUACAAAGGCGACUUGACUAAGGGCCUCAGUUUUCUCCUCUGUUUAAAGGAUUUUUCUCAGCUCUAGGAGGUUUGGAGACUCCGGCCGGCUCCCAGGCUCACAUGGUUUGCCUCCUUGGGUACACAGUUAGGUCCCCGACAGUUCCAGGGUUCACCCCUCUUCUGCACCCCAACAUAUUACGGGCACCCGCCCCACUCUCUCCAUCAUGGUUCAGCCCCGCCCAGCUCGCGAGUUCUCAAUGUGCCCGGAACCUCUCGCCUGAGUUCGGUUCCGGAAGUGCUGCGCCGGGCCCCGGAAGUCCGUUCAAAGCGAUUCCGGUUUCCCUGGGUGACGAUGGCGACUAGUUUCGAGUGGCCGUGGCAAUACCGCUUCCCUCCCUUCUUCACGUUGCAGCCCAACGUGGACACCCGGCAGAAGCAGCUGGCGGCCUGGUGCUCUCUGGUCUUGUCCUUUUGCCGCCUGCACCGACAAUCCAGCAUGACGGUAAUGGAGGCACAAGAAAGCCCUCUUUUCAACAACAACAAGCUGCAGAGGAAACUCCCCAUGGAAUCUAUCCAGAUUGUGUUGGAGGAACUGAGGAAGAAAGGGAACCUGGAGUGGCUGGAUAAGAACAAGUCCAGCUUCUUGAUCAUGUGGCGGAGACCAGAAGAAUGGGGGAAACUUAUCUACCAGUGGGUUUCAAAGAGUGGCCAGAAUAACUCUGUAUUUACUUUUUAUGAACUAACCAAUGGAGAUGACACAGAGGAUGAGGAGUUCCAUGGGCUGGACGAGGCCACACUUCUUCGAGCUCUGCAAGCCCUACAGCUGGAGCACAAGGCUGAGAUCAUCACAGUCAGCGAUGGCCGAGGGGUCAAGUUCUUUUAGUGGACCCCUUCCCUCUUCCUCCCCUUCCUCAGUUCUCUGAAGGAGAUAGGCUCUGUUCCCACAGAUUGGAGCUUAAACCCAAACGUAACUUAAAGGAACUUUUCAGCUUCCUCCCAAUUGUGGGCUGGGAGAACCAUGGGAGAAUUUGGAAAAGAUAAUUCCUCUGUUACCCCACUGUUCUGCUCCAUGAGUGGGUUGAGGUAAUAACGCCAGAGAGAAAAUAUGUGCCUAGUUUCUCCUUAUCUUUCUACUCCCUCAUUCCAGACUUUGGCUGAUCCAGGGUCAGUAUACCCAUAAAACAUAGUCACACAUAUCUACAAGUACACAGUACCUACACAUCUCUCCCUUCAGGUUUAGCCUGGAUCCUCUAGUAGAGGGGUAGAGGUUACAUGGAGGACCUGGCUGCAGGCAGCCCACCGGGCAUCAUAGGAAUAGGAGAUCAGAGAGGGAGAGCUGGCCAUGAAGUACCAAGUGUGGCUCUGAUCUAUGUUAUUAAAGCUGGAUUGUUCAGCUCUCA